CUCGUGAGCAGGAAGCGCAGCCACAUCCACACACACAGCAGCAGCAGUGUGUAGUCAAACUCUAGACAGCUCGACCGAACCAGGACUGAGAAAAUACUCUACAGACACAAUGUUUUGGAGACUUUUCUUCGUGACAUUAUUAUUAGCCCUGUUGGGAUCGAUCACAGGCCAAGAACCUGCCGUUGAUGGGUGUGCAGUAUUUACAACCUGUGAUCAAUGCACAAAUUCGUCUUCAUGCAAGUGGAUGUCCUGCCAAGAUUCACCUGAAAAACCAGUUUGUCUUAAUUCUACUUUAGUGAAUGAAACAGCCAACUGCAGUACUGUUAACUGCACUGUAUCAACCGUGGCCCCACCUGUGACUUCCCCUGCAAAUAUCACCACCAUCCAGCCUAACGCUACCACAGUGGCCACCACUAAAUCACCAACAGUCCCUCCGACUAAGAAUAGCACAAUCACAAAUACCACGACUGCGUCGCCUACUUCAACUCCACCUCCACCUAAGAAGUCCACCUUUGAUGCUGCCAGUUUCAUCGGAGGAAUCGUGUUGGUUCUUGGCCUUCAAGCUGUCAUCUUUUUCCUUUACAAGUUUUGCAAGUCCAAAGAUCGCAACUAUCACACCCUGUAACGCACGCUGCCACCUGGAGGCACCUACAAAGCAACGCAAAACCCACACUCCGCCCUAAGGAAAAGAAACACAGACGAGUACACUCGGAUUCAUGAAUCCUCUUUAAUCACCUUUGUGUUUAGCCAUGCAUUUGAUAUUUCACGUGUGUGAUUUGAGCUUUUCAUUUGUUGAAGCCAUAGCUCUUAUCACAUUCAUGCAUACAUUUACACAAAAAUACACAACAUGCAGACUGAUGCCCCUUUUUGAGAGGUCCUGCCACUUUCAUGUACAACCACAGCUGCAACAUAAACACAUUUUUUUCAUUAGUUCAUUGAUAGUGGCUAGUCACGCUAACAUCAAGGUGAUUGAGACAGUGAGUCAUCCUUGUUCAUGCCUGUGACAGUAAAUCUCUAUUUUCAGUGUUGUAGGUUAUUUCAUGAAGGCCACUAUAACAGUGUUUAAGCCGUUGCUAUUAAUAAUGGUUCUUUAUAUUGUGCCCAGUUCAGUCUUUUGUGAACUGAGCCUUUACAUUCAAACGAAAUCACAAGAACCAUCUCAUCGAUCACCCAUAAUCCCAUAUAAAAUGUAAAAAAUAAUGGCUUUAUAGAAUAGGGCAGAUUAGUUUUUCUGUUCCUUUAAAAAAAAAACACAAAUCUGCAUUUCAUCACACAGAUUUUUGGUUUGUGUCUGUGUGUUGUUUAUUUUUAAAAUUUUUGUUUUGGUUGCCACUUUCAUUCAUACCAGUCAACAUUUUUGCAAUAAAUUACAUUCCCCCGCUUAGUUCCUUUUUGUUAACUAGCUAGGCCAAAAUUCAUCAGCUCUCAAAACUAGUGCAAUCUGGCCUGGAUUAUAAUCUAGAUUCUUGGCAAUAUUAGAAAGCUGCAUCGGUUCCUUGUUCAUCAUGCCGAUUUACUAGCUAUAAACUAUUUAAAGGGUGUGUAUAGGGAUUAAAAGCCAAAAUUUAGAUCAAGUAAUAGCUAAAAAUAAGUCUCCGAGGAAUUAUUUGAUUCCUCUGCCUGGCAUUCAAACAGAGGCACUAUAUACAGUAACGCGAGGGAUGGCGAUUGUGAUCCCAUUCAGAAUGAUUGACAGUUGUGUCAAAGUGCCUUUAGAUGCAGGCUCUGGCUUAUUUGAAUUGAGGUUGGGGAGCGGUGGGUUUAGUUCCUUUUCCUCUUCGAGCCUUAAAAGUGUGAAUGUGUUCGUGGCGACCGGUUGUUGAGGUGGUAUGUGUGCCAGGCUCUGCUUUAACCUGCUGGAUAAGGCCGUGUUUGUGUGCCUUUCUGUAUGUCCGGGUGUUUAUAGACAAACGUAUGCUUGUGUUAAUAAAGUAGAAAUAGUGUCUGCCAGCUGGACUGAAUGCUAUAUUAUACGGAGUAGAUGAUUAUUGUUUGUCGUUUAUGGAUUAAUGUUUUCCAAAGGCUUCAGUUUUCCACUGUAAUAAAAUCCUUGUUGCACUUACAUUUUUAAGUUGAAUCAACUUGAAUUUAUUUAAACAAAUUUAUAUACUAUUGAGGAGUUUUUAUAAAUUAUAAAAAUUAAGUUGAAUUAGCUUAAGGUAUUUUGACUUUAUUUUUAUAAUUUAUAGCAAUUCCUCACUAGCCAAAAAAGGUUAAAUUAAUUGUAAUUUCAAGUUGAAACUUAAAAAUGUAAGUACCUCAAAGAAUUUUUACGAAGGAGACGAAUUAUGUUUCGCUUGCACGCGAAUGUUGGUUAGAUUUUAGCACUCCUAAUUUCAUCUGGAUGUUCUAAUAUAUUCAUAUGUUUCAGAAAGAUCUCAUUAUGUAUUUGCCCAAAAAUUGAUAUUUGAACUUAAACUGAAGUCAACAUUAAAACGUCUUAAGCUUUAUGUUUGCAUAUGCUAAUGUUUAUUUUAUGAGGCCUUGUGCUUAAUACCCAAAGAAUCUGAAAUGUCCAAAAAUGUAAAGUAAAGGAUAUAUUUAGCCUAUUUUAUCUUUGAAACAACUGAACGUCUUAGAACAUAUCUGUCUCAGAUCAACAGAGAGAUUGUGUUAUGCUACAUUUUUUGGUUAGGGUUUAAUUAUAGUUUUCGAGUGGCUUUGGUUCGCAUGUAAAGUGGACCCUGACCUUGCUUAAUACCUGCCUUAUGUGAAACAAUGGCAUUUGGCGUGUUUUGUUUGGUACUCUCUUUUAACUGCAUUUGUCUACGAAUCUGAUGUGCGUGUAUCAACUUUUCAUUUUGUUUCUUUUCUCCAUACCUGCGUUAUGAUGUUUAGAUCUUAAUAAUCUCAAUUAGCUUGCUGCUAAUAACAUCCUCUGUUGGUAACUAUGUUAUUUGUUUAAGAAGCGAUCAACAUUCUUUAGGUUGAAAAUUUUAAAAUGGCAAAAAUGAAUAGUUUUUUUGUAAUCACCGUUGGUGCUUCACUAGUUAACACUGAAAUGUUAAGCCAUUCUCAAUUUUAUGUUCAUUGGGCGUUUCUGUAAAGAUGACUGCUAUAAUGCAUCUUGCUCUCAUCACAGUCAUUGUGUAUUCACAUAAAAUCCUUUUGCUUAACCCAUGCCAAAUUACAAACACCAUUUAAAGUGUUUGGGUUGCAAUUCUUUUAAUAAUUUACACUCUUUAAAGUCUUCAUAGUAUUGGUAUCCUUGUUACAUUUUAAUAGACCCCAUUUAGUUGCAAAUGGAUUUGAGUUGUACUAAACUGUAAUAAGUGGCACAUGUUGGAUUUAAGUUGACAGGAAUCAAUAAAGUGUGCUUAUGUUAAGAACGUAAAGUGCUCAAAAUAGUUUUAUUACACUCGGAGGACCUUGUUUAAAUGCAUCUGUCUAACGCCAUUAUAUUUGCAUGCAUGCAUGAGCAGAUUUGCAUCGAACAGCCAUUGAUAAAUGCUACUUUUUUGCCAACACGAAGCUUGCGUUCCCUGCUGCACCUUUGAAGAAAAAGUGCCUUAAUUAUUUAAGAUUAAAGUGAAUGAAGAUUGUUAUUGUUGUUAUUGGGACUUGAUCUUGCUGGAAUGAAGGUUUGGUUUAUUGAAGUUGUCACUGGGUAAUGAGAGGUAUAUAAGAGUAUUGCAUAUUGGCUGUGGCAUCAUUUUUGCUUUUGUUAAGAAUCCAAAUUUUGUUUUCCUGUAUGUUUUUUUUUUAUAACUGAAAUUACCUUUGGUCUCUUGUUUUUUUUUAUAGCUUCACAUAAACUGCACACGCCACACCUACGCUUGUUGUUAAGACGCUUACUGUUGCCUGAAAGUCUGCCUUAAUUGUUUUAUGAGAUCUAUUGGUUUUAUUUUUCUGGUUGUCUGGUUUCUUUAAUUGUUUGUGAUUUUCCUCUUGUUUCAGACCUGCAUUUGCCAUUAGGUUAAAAAUGUUGUGAUCAAGUAAAGUUGAAUAUUGUCGAACCAA